AUGACUUCGCCGAUGUGCUGGGGAGGAUUGACUUUGAUGCUACAAGAUAUGUUUGGUACAUGGACCGCGAUGCCAGACCGAGACAAAGAUCGCUUAUAUCUUGUUCUCGCGCACCGUGGCAUGAAGAGGCCAGGAUUUCAUUGGGCUCUCAUGGUCGUCCCAAAGAAGGGCAGCAAGAACGGAAAUAUGCAAGGUGCCCAUGUUUUCCACGCCGUCAACACCUACACUAGCGCCAACGUACCACUUGACCACAAUAAUAAUCCGUUAUGGCGGUACGAGAACAACGCCGUCGACACCAUGCUCCAUGCACGUCUAGUAGCGCGUUUCCUAGUCGCUAAGCUGGUCGCGGGGAGAAGUACCGAUGAGACAAUUACGCACGUCGACUCCAUCCUAAAACAAGUACCACUCGUACAAGGCGACCCUCGGUGGACGUGUAUUUCCUGGCUCAUAGAUGCAUUGGCGACCCUGCGGGACAAAGGGGGGGAUUUUGACACUAUCCCUGUUCUUUCUAGAGGUGCUACACUGGAAAAGGAGAUUAUUGCCUUUGGCGAGCUAGGAUCAAAGACCCGUUUCAGUGAUAUAAAGAAGGCGCCACUUAUAGAGAUACCAAUCCCAGAAAAAGACAUCCGACUAGGAAGAUCCACGUAG